AUGGCGUCUUCUUCCAAAGUCGACCCUGAUCACUCCAUUACUUCUUCUUCUCCAAUCAUCUCUACCAAACUCUCUCGAAUGGAUCUUAUUCUUCGAAUUCUUCUUUUCGUGAAGACUUUAGCAGCUAUCAUUGUGAUGGUCACAAGCAAGCAGAAAAAGGACGUGUUCCCAGCAGCUCAUUUGGUUGUUGUUGCUAAGUUUGACCAUUCUUCUGCUUUCAUAUAUUUUGUGGUGGCCAUCUCAGUGGCCUGCUUGUACAGUUUGGUUACUGCAGUGAGGUCUGCUAUCAGGCCUUAUUCCCAUUCAAGAACGUUAUUCUUCACAGCCUUCUUUGAUGCGCUAAUAUUUGGUGUGGUGGCUUCUGCUGUGGGAGCUGCAGCUUCAAUCGCUUAUGUUGGAGCGAAGGGAAAUCCUCAUGUGGGUUGGUCGAAAAUCUGCAACCUGUUUGAUAAAUUCUGCAAGCAUAUUGGAGGGUCUCUUAUUCUAUCUGUAUCAGCCUCCAUCACUCUUAUUUUUCUCAUGAUGAUCUCCACCUUCUCCCUCUAUCGUAGAAGCCGUUGAUAUAUCUGUAGAUAAUACGUACAUGCAGCUCUGGUGUGCUUCAGCAGGAGUGGUGAUUGUCCAAGGCUUCGGUUAAUGUGACAGCUUUUUUAUAAGUACUUUUUACAGCUGCUUUUAACUAAAACUUUUCUUGAAAAUGGUGAAAAAUAGUGGUAAAAAUCUGUCCAAAUAUGCUGUUUGAGUUGUGCUUUAAGGGUGUAAUUUGUGAAAAGGGUUGUAUGAAGCUCUUAUAUUUUGUGUUCA